AUGACGGCGGACGCUCUGAAGGGGCCACACCACCGCCGCUCAGCGCAAGGGAAUCUACCAUCGAAAGGCGGUUGGAGACCCGUUGUAGGCUCUGGCGGGAUAUACUACGGACCCCUAGGGACAGCCCCACUACACUCGUCAUACAAAGUGCCCCUACUAGACGUAUACCAAUCGUCCAUGCGACCGAUCGCAACUAGAGACGUCACCAAACUGAGCUCUAUAGCUCAGUCUUACCGACCAACCACGCUGAGAACCGUCCCCGCCCAAACGGCACAUCCAGGGCACCAGCCAAUCAACUCUUAUCUCAACCCGUUCGCAUUGCCUAACAACGGGCUAACCCACUACAAGUUCGUGCCAAACUAUCAGACAGCCGAGAGCGUGCUCAUCCGGAACCCUCACAACCAGUACAGACCCAUCCAGAAACACCAGACGAAACAGAAGCCUCAGUACCAUAAUAACAUCCUACAGCAACUGACCAAUGUUCAGCAGUUCCAAUUUGGCGCAUAUUCUACUGGAAAACCGUUGGACCUCUUCGCAGCACCCAUAGAAUACAAACCAGAGAAGCGUCCAGCCUCCGCAGAAACGGAGAUCUACAAGCCAGAGGUGUAUAAGAUAUCUGAGAGCGAGUCUUCCCCUCAGUUCGUGAAGACAGCGCAACAGCAGGGCGGACAGAAGAUCGCCCAGAACCCAUACGCGCAGUACUCGUUCCACGACCUGGCCAACUUCCACCAGUUCCCACCAAGUAUAUUAGGAACAUUUGGAUCAUUUGGAGUACAGUCAGUGAAAGGAAGAGACCCGAUACAUCAAGUCACCAAAACGUCGUUCUUACAGGCCCAGCCGACCAAACACACCAUCUUCAACUCGUUCGGAUACACGCCCACUUUCAAAACAACUCCAGCCUUCUUCUCGUCAACGACACCAAAAUUACAAACAGUUCCAAAUCAUUUACUAUUUGGUUCAGGUUUUGGAAAUUUUGCAACGCAACAAACUAAACUCGACGUCCCACUGAAAAUAGAUCCGAACGCUGGAAUCAAAAACGGUUUCAAGCCGAGUCCUCACGACGCUUUCACGAUAAAGAACUACAAUGUUGAUAUCAACAAGGUCACCACUUACAAUCCACCCCUCAUUCAAUCGACAACUCCGCUAUACUUCAACGACUACGGAGCACAGGCUAAUGGAUUGUUACAAAACUAUAAUAAUCAGCAAAACAUAAAUUACAAUAAUAAAAUCAACAAUAAAAAUCAGCAAGGCGAUAGCGUUGGGCUGACGCAACAACUGUCACAACAGUACGUGGAUGCUCCUGAUGCAUUGAACCUGCAAAACAAUCAGUUCAACAACUUAUACCAUCCCUAUGAAGUUGUCGAAAAUGAGCAAGACGAAUUAAAGACGCAAUCACCAUGGACUGUGACGCCGGAAACGUUCCAAAAUCAAGAUUCCGAUGGAAAACAAGAUGAAGCAGACAAUAACAUUUACGAAAAACCUACGACGUCUACUGCUGAUCAACAGGAAGAAUUUGCAAUUGUUACCGAAAGCGAAAAGGACUUUGACAACGGAUUUAAUUACAACCAAGCCGACUCACAAAGUAGGCGUCCGUUGGGAGAUGAUUUUGAACCUAUUGGCAAACAAAAGCUGAAGGAUUACUAUUACAGAGUAUCUACACCUGCGUACAACGGUAAUGGCAAGUCAGGUAGAAGAACAAAGAAACCGAAUGAAUCCGUGAAACCAGUCCAAGAAAUAACAACUGAAGUAAGCACUAAUGCCGAUAAUACGGAUGCGUCCUCAGCUCCUUUACCAACACUUCCACCAAACCUUCACUUCAAGCGACCAAGUUCAAAUGAUACUUCAGUUGAUAAAGACAAAAUUCGUAAGAGAAAUAAGAUAAGGCGACGUCGACCACAGCUGGCAAAUCUAAAUCGUAACAAAACUGAAACCGUUACACUGAGUGAAUCUUCAACAGAACCCGCUACAACUAUCGCAGACGAAGUUCACACAAUACGGCCAAGACCAAGAACGACUAAGACCAGUGUAACUACACAAACAAUUACUACAGAUUUCACUACAAGCGCAUUACCUACCACAUCGCCAACUAGGCCUACGGUCAUAAAGAAGAAGCUUGUUGGACAUCGCAGACCUUUCACCACUACAACAACAGAAAAAUAUGAAACAACCACGCCAGCAGUAAAAGAACAUGACUAUAGUAGAGAAUCACCAAUCAUGAAAAUAUCUACACGUCCUCAUUAUCAGAAAACUACGCCCAUAUAUGAUUUAAAAAUAAAUGAUACUCCAGAUUACAGCCACAAACAGGACGAAAAAGACACACCAACCAGCGACGUCUCGGUAAGCUUAAGCGAUACGCUAAAAACUUCAUCCGACAUAAAGGAAUUUUCCUUCCAUAGAGAUGCACGACCUGUCGAGAUGAAAGAGACAACAGAAUCUGUAAAGGACAAUAAUGAUGCUGAAACAUCUCAAAAGGAAGACACGAGUCCCAGAUCCAAACUUAGACCUAGACUAAAGAACAAAUUUGACAGACCCAAGUUUAGCAUGAAAGAUUAUAGAAGUCGGUUAAAUUCUACCACUACAACUGAGAAACCAACCGAAAAUACUUCCAAACCACGAGUCUCAAUCCGGAAACCACCGUCAGUCGAUAAUUACUUCACCGAAGUAGAAACAACCACAGAGAGGAAAAAGUUUAUGCCCAAAGAGCCUAGACACAAAUUAAACAGAACGGACAACAACGAGUCAGAAAUUCAUUCGAGGCAGGCGAUCAGACAAAAUAGUAGACCAAACGUAGAAGAGACUGAAACUGCACCUCCUCAAAAGAUUUCAGCUCGAAUCCGAAACGGGCAACGUAGACCUAAGCCCACAGAAGAAUCCGAAUCGACCAGCCCAACCACACUUCUCCUCAGCAAAAGACCUUUGAGGAAGAAAGUAUACGACUCAGACGUUGGCGAAUCCGUCAAUGACAUCGUAACCGAGAACCACGAUCACACCUCCGAGAGGACCCGAUCAGAGAGCGCUAUCAUGAAGAUAGCCGACAAGAAGCAUCAUGAUCACGCCGAGCGCGUCUUCGAGCAGUCCAAGCGAGUCUCCGACUUGACUUUGGCUGCGAGCAAAGACUACAACACGCCGGGAAUGUUCAAGACCGUCGCAGCCAACAGUAGAAGGAUACCGAGCUAUUUCACGAUAGCUACGGACGACCCGAUACUGCCCAUCGAGGCGUUCUUCCCGCAACUCAACCAAAAGAAGGAAGCGUAACGUUCCUGUGUAUAAUACUGCUAAACCAAAUUUUUCUACUGCCAAAGCGUCAUCUGUUUAGUAUAGAUUAAGUGGUUGGUAUACGCCCACCUAGAGAUUCUACGGCAUCCAGACUCAGGCAAAAAGUGUUUCGAAGCCUCUUCUGAGUCUUCGCUCCAGAGGCAAAGAUACUUAAAAGCGAGACACUUUUUAAGUCUCGUUGAGAGUUGGAUGAGCAAAA